AUGGCCGCCUCGAAGGCAGCCGAUGCUUGUGAUGAUGUGCCCUCAGGGGCUGAAGGAAUAGAUAAAUUAUACGAUCUAUUGGAGGCACACUGAUCUCGCCCCUCAAUCCAGGGACAAGAUUGGGUGAAAAACCACUGGUUUCAACCACAGAGUGUGGUGGAUAGGAUAAGGGUAUUGCAGAAGGAAGCUAAGGGUAAGAGAGGAAAAGGAAAAGCCAUAAUUUGUGCAGUGUUAGGAACAAGUCUGGCAGCUGCGGUGGAGGAGAGAGAGAAGAAGUCUCAUCAAGUCGAUACAGUAAUAGACUCCCUGAAGACUGCCAUACAGACCCUUCAGGAACAACUGAGAGAAACCAAAGAAUUGUUAGAGGAGGAAAGGAACCAAAACGUGAUAUUGAAGGAUGAAUUGAGAGAGAAAUUAUUGACAGAGACAGAUACAUUGGCAGAGGCAAGAGUUAAACUUCUGGAGAAGGGUAUAAGGCAAAUUUAUCCCCAAGGAGAGAUGCAGAAAUCAAAAGAAACCAUAGAAAGGUUCCCUCAUAUGUACCCGUUGGUUAAAACAGAGUAUGUGUACGAGGACGAUAGCGAUAGCCGUCCUCAGGUUACCACCAAAGAAGUCCCAUUUACAGCAACUGAAUUGGCAAAGUUGAAAAAAGAUUUUGCAAGGACUGCAAAAGAAACAGAGACAGAGUAUGUGUGGAGAGUGUCUUUGUCAGGAGGGGAUGGAAUCAUGUUGUCAGAGAAAGAAACAGAAGGAUAUUGGGGUUCGGGUGUGUUUCUAACUACCGGCGACUGCCGAGCCCCAUGGUCACUGACUCAGAGAACUGCAUAUUGCGCCGGACAGCUGAACCCCUUGAAGAGGGGAGAUCCCCUUGCCAUAACAGGUACAGUGGAUCAGUUAGUAGAAAGUGUGCAGAAGGCAGCUUGUCUGCAGAUGAUGUAUGAUCGGGAACUCAAGCCCAACCAGGGUUCCCUGAUGAUGAUGCCUGUGGACCCAGAGAGGAUGACUCCCCUGAUACGAGGACUCCCUGACUCUCUGAAACCCUUUGGCAUUCAAUUGCAAGGGAAGAUUCAAAACACCCCCAAUGCAGAAAGAAUGACCUCUGCUCUGGAGGGGAUUGUGACCCCUGACCAUCAAAGGCCGGGGAGGAAAGUAUGGACAUGGAGAGAGGUAGCCCAGGAAUUGAUUAAUUUUGGGAGAAAAUAUGGCCCCGUUGGUGGAUCAUCCCAAAGAACUGAAGCCAGGGUCCCAAGGCUCAGUGUCACCCCGAACCCCGGGAGAGAGAGACCCCUAACUCUACAUGGACUGUGGCAACUAGGGCUUCAGAAAGGCAUUCCUCGAGACUUGAUGGAUGGACUCUCGACUCAAAAAUUAGAACAACUUGUGCAGAAAUGGUCUGGACAAAGGUUCACUUUCAAACCAACCCCUAGUGCUCCACUCUUGAUAGACCUUGGAGAGGAACCAACUGGGGAAAAGAAGGUGGCGGGAAACUAG